AUGCUCGCAGGUCCUUCCGCUUCUCUUUGUUCUUUGUCUCCCUUUGAGCUGCUUGAUACUCCCAUACUCGAACGUAUCGCAUUCUACUUGGCAACAGCUCGGUUCAUUGGACCAAUAUCGGAAUUGGUCCCUCUCUUGUGCACUUCUCGCACUAUCAACUCGUCACUCAGUUCUCGCAGUAAUAGUCAUUUAUAUUCUCAAAUCUUUUGUCAAAAGUUCGAUUCAGCUGCAGUAUUACGUCGCCUGUCAUGGGGACGCACUACUGUUGAACGCAUGUCUGAGGAGCUUCGCAAGCGCAGUACCAUAUUAACUCGUAUGCGUCAUUGGAACGCGGAACAUUUUGCCUAUCUUCAGGAGGACCUUUGGGCGGUCUAUCUCAUGAUGCUCGAAAAUGAUGGUAAAAAUAUGGCUCAGCUGUGUAUCUGGGCAGAGCUUCCGAUGUGGAUAGCGGAUGUCAUUGAAGAUAAAUGUCAAGUUCCUCGAGAGCAUCCGCUCUCAUGGGUUAACGAUAUCGAAGGCACCUCAUUGGUCCUUUGGCUCCUGUGGAUGAGCAGCAGCAAAGGGAGCGUCAAGAAUGAAGACCCUAGGGUACGCAAUAAAAUAUUAACUAGGCUUGAGCCUUUCCUUGUCCAAGGACAUCGAUUCUCAUCUGCGUACGCUCCCGAUGCGUUCUUCUAUCUGCCUCUUUGUGCAGAAACCGAGGCUGCAAUCCCAUGUACGACAGGUCUGCCGCUUCCCAUCGCCCGCGAUUUUGUGCACUAUGGUCGAAAAAUUAGGCUCGCUGCACCGCCUUUGAUACCAGCUGCCCUCCUGAACUAUGUAGUCAGGUUGGAGGUGCGUUUAGAUGAUAAUCCAUUGCCGUCCGCAGUGGCGCAACUUCCCGAGACGAGGGCGCAAGCUACUGCAAUGGGAUUGUCUCUUCCACGGCUCACACAGGAAGACGUUGUAGAUUUCCACUUUCACACCCGCACAAUUUUUUUCGGGGACUAUAACGGCCUUGGUAGCGAGCGCCUUGAUAGUGAAUGGUUUCGAAUUGUAUCAUGCCAUGAUCCGUGGGCUGUGGAUCGGCCACUUCGAGGAGUCUUCUACCAUCUUGGGUCAUUAACUGGACACUGGAAUGGUCGCGCUUUGAUUCCGUAUAUGCAGGCUCACAUUGACGCUAACAUGCCUAAUCGACGACCCUCAAUACAUGGCAUGACUUUAGCACACGAGCGUAUAUCUUGUGUGUUCAAGGAACAUCAUUGUUUAAUCCCCGACGAACCCAUUUCUGCACCUGUCGAAGCUCAUGGGUGGGGCGAGGAUAUCCUCAACGCUUGGUUGCCUCGUCGGCUGGAAAUCAAACAUGGAGUUGAUAGCUUGACACUGCAUGAUCCGGAGGCUGGGAGGACCGUACGCUAUGAAACAUAUCAUGCUGAUCGCGAAAACCCUUACUCCAGACCGUUCAAGAAGAACUCCGAAUGGCAUCGUGAUUCAAUGGUUGUAGGCGAGGAUUCACAGGACGAACUGGACGAUGAUUAUGAGGAGGUCUGUGAGGAAAGAUCUAGUGGCGUUACUGACAUUAUCAUCACGGGAGAGACGUACGAUCGCGAGAGCCCAGCGUGGGGUUCUUUCUCCUUCAUUGGCCGAGUAAGACCAUGGGAUGGCUUCGUUGUUCUGCUGCGGCGGCCAGUACGUGAAAGAAGGCCUGAUUUGCGUCAUUCAUUUCAACUGAUUCUUUGA